AAAACAUUUCAAUACACAAACAACACACUUCUUCUUUCUUUGAAUCCUAAUUGCAAGAGAGAAUGGCGAAAGAGUCCACCACCAUUGACGUCGGCGAGCCGAGCACCGUUACCAAAAGUACAAUCCAUGAGAAGAAGAAGGGCUUUGUGGCAGCAGCUGCAGGAGGCGGCUACAAGAGAGGUUUGGCCAUAUUCGAUUUCCUCCUCCGUUUGGCGGCCAUAGGAAUUACCAUCGGUGCUUCCUCCGUCAUGUUCACCGCCGAGGAGACACUUCCCUUCUUUACUCAGUUCUUACAGUUCCAAGCUGGUUACGAUGACUUCCCCACAUUUCAGUUCUUUGUGAUAGCCAUAGCCAUCGUCGCCAGCUAUCUCGUCCUUUCACUUCCUUUCUCCAUCGUUACUAUUGUCCGUCCACUUGCCACCUUGCCCCGGCUGAUCCUCCUUAUCUCCGACACCGUGGUCGUGACGCUUACCACAUCAGCGACGGCUGCAGCAGCCGCGAUGGUUUAUCUUGCACAUAACGGCAACUCAAACACCAAUUGGCUCCCUAUUUGUCAGCAGUUUGGAGACUUCUGCCAGGCCACGAGUAGUGCAGUUGUAGCCGCUUCUAUUGGAAUUGUCUUCUUCAUCCUUCUCAUCAUCAUCUCAGCCAUUGCUCUAAAAAGACAUUGAUCUCCUUUUUUCAACCUGUCAAGAUCGUAAUGGACCUAGAUGUUUUUAUUGUGCUUGUUCGUGGCUUGUGCUUUUGUUGUAUCAUGAAAAUGUGAGUACUAUAUAUAGUAUGAUAUAUGGUAUGGAAAAGUGUAACUAGAAUUGUUUAUGUCAAAAAAGAAAUUUG